AUGGUCGACCAGCCCAGUGCUGUGGUCCAGGAGGACCCAUGGAUGUCCGUGCAGGCCCUGGACGGGCUGCUGAAGAUGCUGCUUCCGCUGCCAUGGAUUCGCACCCGGCCCUGGUGGUUUCCUGCGCUGAAGCUGAGAGUCCCAUUGGUGUUUUACCUGGAGGCAUGUCUGGCUGACCCCAUCUUCGGCAAAAAUGGAACCAUGAUUCUGGAAAUAGAGUGGAUGAACCAGGUCCUGCUGACGGUGGAAAAGAUAAACUCCGGGAGCUUAAUCGAAAUCACUGAUUUCGGACAGCCCCGUGUCCAAAAUAGGGUGAAAAGCGUGCUCCUGAGCCUGGCAGCAAGGCACCGGGGAAACCUUGCCUGA